UCUGUUUUGAGGCGUGAGACCGACAUCGAGGAGGACGAGGAGCAGAGGAGGCGUAUCCCGCUCAUGACUUUAUAUAUAAGUUAGCAAGCGAAGGUUCAGACAGUCCAAAGAGAACGGGACACACAUCUGUUACCGCUGUUCAGCAGUAAACCACAAUGGGAAAAGAAAAGAUCCACAUCAACAUCGUGGUCAUCGGCCAUGUCGACUCUGGAAAGUCCACCUCCACCGGGCACCUGAUCUACAAGUGCGGAGGAAUCGACAAGAGGACCAUCGAGAAGUUCGAGAAGGAAGCUGCCGAGAUGGGCAAGGGCUCCUUCAAGUACGCCUGGGUGCUGGACAAGCUGAAGGCCGAGCGUGAGCGUGGUAUCACCAUCGACAUCGCUCUGUGGAAGUUUGAGACCACAAGGUACAGCGUGACCAUCAUUGAUGCCCCUGGACACAGGGACUUCAUCAAGAACAUGAUCACUGGAACCUCUCAGGCUGACUGUGCCGUGCUGAUCGUUGCUGCCGGUGUGGGUGAGUUCGAGGCUGGUAUCUCCAAGAACGGCCAGACCCGCGAGCACGCCCUGCUGGCCUACACCCUGGGUGUGAAGCAGCUCAUCGUUGGUGUCAAUAAGAUGGACUCCACCGAGCCCCCUUACUCCCAGUCCCGUUUUGAGGAGAUCAAAAAAGAAGUUAGCACCUACAUCAAGAAGAUCGGCUACAACCCCGCCGCUGUUGCCUUUGUCCCCAUCUCUGGAUGGCACGGAGACAACAUGAUCGAGACUAGUGAAAAGAUGACCUGGUACAAAGGAUGGAAGGUUGAGCGCAAGGAGGGUAAUGGCAGUGGAACCACACUGCUGGAAGCUCUGGACUCCAUCCUGCCUCCUUCCCGCCCCACAGACAAGGCUCUCCGUCUGCCCUUGCAGGAUGUCUACAAAAUCGGAGGUAUUGGAACUGUUCCUGUUGGCCGUGUUGAGACUGGGAUCCUGAAGCCCGGUAUGAUUGUCACCUUUGCUCCCUCCAACCUGACCACUGAGGUGAAGACUGUGGAGAUGCACCACGAGUCUAUGCCCGAGGCUCUCCCCGGUGAUAACGUUGGCUUCAACAUCAAGAAUGUGUCCGUCAAGGAGAUCCGUCGUGGAUACGUAACUGGAGACAACAAGAACGACCCCCCCAAGGCUGCUGCCAGCUUCAACGCCCAGGUCAUCGUCCUGAACCACCCCGGACAGAUCUCACCGGGCUACACCCCAGUGCUGGAUUGCCACACAGCUCACAUCGCCUGCAAAUUCAAGGAAAUUAAGGAGAAGAUCGACCGUCGGUCUGGUAAGACGAUUGAAGAGAACCCCAAGUUUAUCAAGUCUGGAGAAGCUGCCAUUGUCAUCAUGGAGCCUUCAAAACCUAUGGUUGUUGAGGCCUUCGCCGAUUAUGCCCCAUUGGGUCGCUUUGCUGUGCGAGACAUGAGGCAGACCGUGGCCGUCGGUGUCGUCAAGUCUGUCAACAAAAAGGAAGACACAGCUGGAAAGGUCACCAAGGCUGCACAGAAGGCACAGAAGAAAUGAAAUCUAAUACAGGACGUCCAACAGGAUGUCCCGUCUCAGCCAAAGCGGGCUGCCCUAUCCCUUCUCUUUCCUUGCCACCCAGGAACGUCUUCUCUUAGGCAGAGCUCUCUGCUCAAGGACUGGUUUAGUCUGAUUAAUACCCAUCGUAAAAGUUUCCAGAGGAAAGGAAGCAAUGUUCAUUUUAGGAGAAACUCUGAAAGUGAUUAAUUUGAUAAUAAAACAAUGAAAAAUUCCAAAACACCAAA